UGACGUCACGCCUCCCCAGCUAGGACUACGCGAGAGCGAUGUGUUGGAAUGUGUGAGCGUCGCGUACUUCCUCGACCGAUUUGAGAGUUUGGAAAUAACUUCUACCCAAACUUGUUUCUACAACAACAUCGCCAAACAACGAGCGAACACGGCUGCUGGUCGAGCAUGUCUGCUCAGACUGUGUAUCCAGCGACUGCUGGUAUCUACAUGCCUGUAGGUAUCCCACUACCAGAGGUGGGUCACGACCUUCCCGAGCUGCCUCGGAAUGAUGUGGCCGCCCCUCAGCUGGUGAUGCUAGCUAAUGUGGUGGUAUCAUCAGAGACGUCCUCCUCAGACUACAAUGCGGAAGAGAAACAAAUGGUCGAACUCAAGACGGUUGGAUGCAACAACUACUCUGACAGUGAGGAAGAGGGUGUCAUCAGAUACAGCCUUGACAAUUCGGAGAUAUCUGAGGGCACGUACGCUGAACACGCCACUCAGGUUGAGCCAGAGGUGACAGAACGAGCAGUAGAGCAUGUUGAAAUGGAACGAGCGGAAGACCUUUCGAACCCGUCUGAAAACACCCCAUCUGAAUCCUCCCCAGCGGAAAAACGUAAGCGCACCCCAGUUGUUAUCUUCGAAUCCAACAAAAAGAAAAAGAAGCCUUUCUUUUGUAAACCCUGCCAGUACCAGGCUGAAAACGAGGAGGACUUCAUUCACCAUAUCCGCGUUCACGGUGCCAAGAAAAUGACGGUGGUAAAUGGCGCGGGGGAUUCUGAUGACGAUCUGGCCAGUGAGUCAGGCCAAUCUCAGACACCAAACCCGGAAAAUAGUGAAAGUUUGAGUAACUCCAAAGGCGUGAUCCGCUGUGAGCGCUGUGGAUACAACACCAACCGCUAUGACCACUACAUGGCACACCUUAAACAUCAUACUAAGGAGGGUGAAGACCAGAGAGUAUUCAAGUGCACCAUUUGCGCUUAUACCACCAUCAGUCAGUAUCACUGGAAGAAACAUCUGAGGAAUCAUUUUCCCAGCAAGCUUUUCACUUGCAACCAGUGCUCGUAUUUUUCUGACCGCAAAAAUAACUACAUACAGCACAUCCGGACCCACACUGGUGAGCGUCCGUUUCAGUGCAUAUACUGUGACUACUCCAGUUCCCAAAAAACUCAUCUAACCAGACACAUGCGAACCCAUUCAGGUGAGAGGCCUUUCAAAUGUGACAACUGCAGCUACCUGGCAGCCAACCAGCACGAGGUGACCCGCCAUGCCAGACAGGUCCACAAUGGACCCAAGCCCCUAAGCUGCCCCUACUGCCAAUACAAGACAGCCGACCGAAGCAAUUUUAAAAAGCAUGUUGAACUCCAUGUCAACCCUCGCCAGUUUCUUUGCCCGGUUUGCAAGUAUGCUGCAUCCAAGAAGUGCAAUUUGCAGUAUCACAUCAAGUCUAGACACCCAGGAUGCACUGAUAUCUCAAUGGAUGUAUCAAAGGUAAGGCUUCGUGUAAAGAGGACUGACACGGAUGAGAUUUCGCCAAAUAAGCUUGCGACAGACCAGUCUGGAUCAAGGCGAAGCGAGGACAAACAGUUGGGAGAAUUGGAUGAUGUUGAAUCAGGUCCCAUCAACCUCUCUAUUAAGAAACCCACUAAACCCACCCCUGCUGUGGAGACAGAGUUAACUGACAAGACCGCAAAGAAAAACCCAGAUGCCGUUGUGAAAGAAAAAUCUGGAAAGCCAACCCAGCAACUCAAUGAAAAAACUGCAGAGAAAAAGACCACGUCGAAAAACGAGGCGAAAGAGAAAAACAAUAAGAAGGUUAAAGGAAAGACUUUGGUGAACAUCACAGUGGCACAAACAGAGGGCUGCAAUGACAAACAAGCUAGUAAAAAGGAAAUGAAGAAGGUAGAGAAAUCCCCCAAAUCUGCUGAGAAAGUACCGAAAGGUCGUCCUAAGAAAGAGAAGCCAUUGAAGGAAGUUAUUGCGAAACAUCAACCCAUUGUUGAGGAGCAAAGGUUAGAUUUGGACAAAGACAGACCAGACCUUCUAGAUAAACAGCAGCAGCAAAAUGAAAAAGAGGAAAGAGAGCGGCUAGAAAAGGAAAACAGACUGCUGAAUGAGAAAGCGAAGGAGACUGAAGAGAAAGAAAGUGCAAAGGAUUGCAAGAAAUCUCAAACCAAGAAACCAAGCAAAAGGCAGACAAAAGUGUCAAAGGUCAACAGUAAAAAAGAUUUACAGAGUACAGAAGCAACGCAAGAAGUCAGGACUAAACCUGUCAAAAGAAAAGCAGAGAACGUGAAUGUACCAGCGGCUGGUUCUUCAAAGCGGGUCAAGCGUACAACGAAAGAUACAGCCAAGCCAUCAACAAGUUCUGCUGCCUCAGAGAGAAAUCGCACCAUACCUGAGGUCCUGCAGGCUAUGAAGAGCAAAACCAAGAGUGCUGAGACAAGUGCAAACAAACCUGAGACGCGUGUCGUUGAACCUGAGAAGACCAGUGAAGUCCCAGAGAAGCUAAGCCCUCCAGAAAAUGAAAAACAGCCUGGCACAGAAACACUGAUGGACCAAACACAAGAGCAGACACCUACAGUAGUGACCUGUCAAGAUGAGUCCACAUCUGUUGUGGAGGAACUCCCAGCUCCAUGCCAACCCCAAUAUCCAAACUCUGAACAACCUAAAGAAAUCGAAAACAAGGUCUCACAAGAACCAAAAGAAAUCCCAGAUGUAGACAGCGGAAGUGAGAUGCCAUCACCUACUGACAGCGAGACCUCUCCGGGUUUCAGCCCAACUCUUGAACUCCCUGGUCCGCCCAAUCACAAAUCCACUGACGCGGAGGAUGACGAAGGAAUCCACAGUAACGAUGGGGGAAGUGACAUCAGCGAUAGCGCCUCUGAAGGAAGCUACGACUCUGGUCUUAACGGACUGGCUGCUGCCACCGAAGGUGGAGAGAAACUUCCAGAGACUCCGACAGAAGAGCUCCCGUCCCCAACUAAACUGCUCAGUCACACCUGUAUCUUCUGUGACCGUACCUUCUCUUUUGAGGUGGACUACCGUCGCCACCUGAACCGGCAUUUAGUAAACGUGUAUUACCUAGAGGGGGCGUCUCAGGCUGACAAGUAAGGGCAGUUUUUGUGUCCAAAACAGUUGAUGAGGUUCUCCUAGACUUGGAACUGAACAACGCUUGUUCAGGUUGUAAUACAUCUUGCCGUGACGCAACAAAUUGAUUUCUUACCACAGUAUUGUUUCCAUUCAGAAAUGAAAUCUAUUGUCAUUUUGUGGUAGGAUCCUAUUGUUGAAUCCAAACGAACUGAAUCUUAGCUUAGUCAUGUGCUCCAUGACGAAAUGAUCGUCCUGUGUUUAUUGUAACACUACUCAGAAGCAUCGAAAAGGAGAACUGCUCUGAAAGCAAGUACACUUUCUCCCUCAAUCCCUGCGGAGAGCUCAGAUUAGCCAGACCCAGGUGGUCCAGCGCUGAAUAGCCCUGAAGAUAAUGGGGCUUUCAGUGUCUUUGUGCUGUUCCACUCCACUGAAGCGCCUCCAUCUCUGGUCAGCAAGAGACGGAGUGUGUGUUUAAAGCUGGCUAAUGUCAUUGUAUUCAACUCUUUUGUUCCCUUUUACAGUUUAGAGAGCACUUGACAACUAACCAUAAUCUUACCUUUGAGGCUCCGUUUCACAUAAGCUAAACAUUUCUGUACACUUCAUAGAAGUCUUUCUUUGAUUACACUUACUCCCUUUUAUGGAAAGUAGUGUGUAGUUUGUAAUGUUUGCAGAAUAGUAGUUUCUUUUCUGUCUUUGUACAUUUUUUACACUUGCAUUGUAACAAUUAAUCUUUUAUGUCUAUUUUCUGGAAAUAUUUCAAUUUCAUGCUCAGUCCAAAGAUUUUGAUGCUUUUGUUUGUAUAUAAACUGUACAUAUUUUUCUUUCUUAUUUGCUCUUCGGUGCCUCAGACAAUCAAUUUGAGCAUUUUAAUCCAUUUCUCAGAUAUUUAGAUCUUAUUUACCUUCAAAUGAUUAUCUUUUCUGUGUAUUUUACCCAAGCAACAUUCCCUUUCACAUAUCAAAUUGAUUAUCUGCUUCGAAAAUCUGUUUAUCCAAAGUUUAUGUAAUCAUAUUGAACUGACUUUUUGUUUUUUUGUAUGAGUGUGAAUGUUGUUGUUGCCACAACCCUUGUACGUUAGUAAUUUUGCCAUGUUAUUGUCUAAAAAAGAAACAAAUACUGUAAGAGAAAAAGUUAUAGAAAUAAAUCACUUUUAGUGCAUUAAGUGCAAUACUGAAUUUUUGGAGACAUCACCAAAGCAAGAUGGUAGUUGAUCGAGUUUGUAGGAGCAAAAUCAGAGGCCUCAGAUGGAAAAGUAGAAAACUUACUAUCCACAGGUACCCCAGUGCCCCUGAGAAACUGCACUCUUGGACGGUUAGAUACUUUAUCACUGUAAAUUUGUCCUUUAUCACUUUUUUUUGUGUCAAGCACUGCCUUUUUUUGCUUUUCUUCUUUAGAAUAGCAUGUUGCCAAUUUACAUCUCAGAUUGUGCCAUUUAUCCACCUUUGUAAUCAAGUGUGUGACCGUCAUUUUCCAUUUCCUUGUAAAAGUAGUCAAAUUAUAUUGGUUGAAAUGUUAUAAUGUUGACCCUUGAUAUGGCUUUCUAUGAAUUAUCUAAAAAACUGUUUACUAUGUGACCUGUAUGUUUAGCUGUAGAUGUUUCAAUAAUAAAAAAAAAAUCUUGCCACAGAUUUUGGUCUUUUUUC